AUGAUGAGACAAAGCGCUGGUAAGAUGAUGCUUAGGCGCGGGAUCUCGGCUGCGCUCGCGAGGAAUAGCGCCCGCAUAGGAUCCCUGCGUCUGUACAGCGCCAGUGCGACUUCCACGCAAACUGCCGAUGACCAAAGACCCAGACCAGCACCCAGCUUCGACAUGGAGCCCUCCAGAAGCGUGAAAGCCUCUAAGCUGCGCAAAAGCGAAAUGCCACUAGAAGCCAUGGAUGACUCAUUUAUUGGACUUUCUGGCGGUCAGAUCUUCCACGAAAUGAUGCGCAGACACAAGGUCAACACUGUCUUUGGCUACCCUGGUGGUGCCAUUUUGGCUGUGUACGACGCUAUCUACAACAGCGAGCACUUCAACUUCGUGCUUCCAAAGCACGAACAAGGUGCCGGUCACAUGGCCGAAGGCUAUGCUCGUGUUAGUGGCAAGCCAGGUGUUGUUCUUGUGACUUCUGGUCCUGGUGCCACCAACGUGGUCACCCCAAUGGCAGACGCACUGGCUGACGGUGUGCCAAUGGUGGUUUUCACUGGCCAGGUGGCUACCUCGUCUAUUGGUACCGACGCUUUCCAGGAAGCUGACGUCAUCGGGAUCUCUAGAUCGUGCACCAAGUGGAACGUUAUGGUCAAGAACGUCGAAGAGCUACCACGCCGUAUCAACGAGGCCUUUGAAAUUGCUGUUAGCGGGAGACCAGGUCCAGUUCUUGUGGACCUGCCCAAGGAUGUCACCUCCGCCAUCCUCAGAACCCCAAUCCCAGUGAAGUCCACUUUGCCCUCCAACGCUUUAUCUAAAAUCACAAAAUCUGCCGCCAAGGAGUUUACCCUCGCCAACCUGCAAAGAGCUGCUGAUUUGAUAAAUAUCGCCAAAAAGCCCUUAAUUUAUGUGGGCGGUGGAAUUUUUGGCAAAGAGCAGGGUCCAAAGUUACUGCGCGAGCUUGCUGAGCGCGCCCAAAUUCCUGUGAGUACUACCAUCCAAGGUCUUGGCGCCUUCGACCAGGAAGACCCUAAGUCUCUGGACAUGCUCGGUAUGCACGGUUCCGCGUUUGCCAAUCUGUCUGUGCAGAACGCUGACUUAAUCAUUGCUCUGGGUGCUAGAUUCGAUGACCGUGUUACUUGUAAUGUUGCCAAGUUUGCUCCAGAAGCUCGUAAAGCCGCUUUGGAAAACAGAGGUGGUAUCAUCCACUUUGAAAUCUCUCCUAAGAACAUCAACAAAGUCGUCGAGGCUCAGGUUGCUGUCGAGGGUGACGUCACAGACAAUUUGGAAAGAUUGAUCCCACUCGUCAACAACGUGAAGGAGAGAAAGGAGUGGUUCGCCCAGAUUGACGCUUGGAAGAAGGAGUACCCUUAUGAUUACCAAAGGGAAACUAAGGACUCAAAGAUCAAGCCUCAAACUCUUGUUGCUAGGCUUUCCGAGGUUGCCAGCUCAACCGGCAGAGAUGUUAUCGUGACCACCGGUGUCGGUCAGCAUCAAAUGUGGGCUGCUCAGCAUUGGACCUGGAGACAUCCACGUACUUUUAUCACAUCCGGUGGUUUGGGAACUAUGGGCUACGGUUUGCCUUCCGCUAUCGGCGCCCAAAUCGCCAGACCUGACGCUCUCGUUAUCGACAUCGAUGGUGAUGCGUCAUUCAACAUGACUUUGAUGGAACUGUCAAGUGCAGUUCAAGCGGGCGCGCCUGUGAAAAUCGUGGUCUUGAACAACGAAGAGCAGGGUAUGGUCACACAGUGGCAAUCUCUGUUUUACGAGCACCGCUACUCCCACACCCAUCAACUGAACCCAGACUUCGUGAAGCUGGCCGAGGCCAUGGGCCUGAAGGGCAUGAGGCUUUCAAAGCAAGAAGACAUGGACUCUGUUCUAAAGGAAUUUGUGAACACUGAAGGCCCUGUCUUGCUUGAAGUCAUUGUUGAGAAGAAGGUCCCAGUUCUCCCUAUGGUGCCCGCUGGUAAGGGUUUGCAUGAAUUCAUUAACUUCGAUGCUGAGGUUGAGAAAGAACAGAACGAGCUGCGUCACAAGCGUACAGGUGGUAAGCAUUAA